CGAGCUUUUUCUUUCUUCUUUUUCACUGGUGAAGUUGUUAUUUGCUUAAUUCAGGUUCGUUUACUUAUUUUUUUGAGAUUUUUGUUAGUUUAAAUUGUUUUGAUUCUUCGAUUUUUAGGUUUUUUGAUUUUGAUUUUGUUUUCGAUUUUCGUAGUGUUGAUUCUGCAAUGGUGAAGAAGAAGAUUACAAAGAAGGCUGUAGAUGCUGAAGAAGGUGGUUCAAUAGGUGGUUAUCGUUAUAAAAAGCCUACAAAAGGAAAAGGAAAGCCUAAAGAGCCUGCUAAGCCUAAACCAGUACCAAAAAAGACCCAGAUAGCUCCUGAGAAGAGCAAAGCAGUAUCUAAAAAGGCUGGGAAAAUUCCCGAGAGUGACAAACCAGAGUCUGAGAAGGCCAAAAUAGUUCCUAAGAAGGCCAAAAUUGUACCUAAGAAAGCUAAUACAGUGGAAGAUUCUGAUUAUGAAAUGCUUUCUGAAUCUGAUUCUGAAUCUUUUAUGGAGCAAAGAAGAAUCAUUGCAAGAUGUAGACCAUAUUCAUUGGAAAUAUUGCUGCAGAACUUUAGUCCUGAGCAAAAACAGGCUAUUGAAGAAAUUGGUUUUGGAGGUUUAUUACAUCUUAAAUUGAAAACUCUUAAUCGUCAAAUGCUACCUUGGCUUGUUGAAAACUUCAAUGCUGGUAGCUGCAUGUUUACCAUCGCUACUGGUAAAGAAUUUGUUGUUACUAGAAAUGAUAUAUGCGAUGUGUUUUGCUUGCCUUUGAGUGAUAUUUGUGUUCCUGAACUUAAUAAAAAUUCUGAAGAUGAAAGUGUAGAUAAAUGUAUCAUUCAGGCAUGGAGAUCUGAUUAUGGUCUUUCUGGUAAGCAACCUCUUCAUUUGUCAAAAUUGGAGUCUAGGAUGGUUGAUUUGGUUGAUGGAGGGGAAGAAUUUAAGAGGUGUUUUGUUCUUCAAGCUAUGUCUAGCUUUUUAGCUCCUACUACUAAUAGGACUGUUUCAUUGAAGUUGCUGAACGUUGUUGAAAAAGUUGAUGAAAUUAAAACUUUUGAUUGGUGUUCAUAUGUUUUAAAAAAGUUAAAGAAGGCUGUUCAGAAGUAUAAGGAUGAUGAAAAUGCUCAAAAUGUUAGUGGUUGUUUGUUGGCUUUGCAAAUUAUGUAUUUCAUCGUCUAAAUUUUCAAGGUGAAAAGGAAAGUAGUACUCUUCCUUUAAUUCAACAUUGGACGGAUGUAAAGAUUAAGAAGCGAAUUAAGUUAGAGAUCAAAGCUGGUGGUUAUGGGCAGGGACCAUUGGAUACUAUUACAUAUCCUGUGUCACAGCUUAAUUUUAGGGGAACUGUUUUUAAGCCAGCUCCUACUUUGGGUUAUGAUAAGGGUCCUUCUACAAGUGGUACCACUGGUCGCAUUGUUGCAUUUGAGCUUCCAGAAGGUAUUAUGACCGAUGAAGAAAUUAAAAAAAUUUCAACUGAUGUAAGUGUUCUGUUUUCUUAUAUUUUUAGUUAUUAUUGCUUUUUGUUUACAAAAGUUAUCCUUUUUGUGUACAAAAGUUACCCUUUUUUGUGUACAAAAGUUACCGUUUUGUGUACAAUAGUUACCCUUUUGUGUACAAAAGUUACCCUUUUUGUGUACCAAAGUUACCCUUUAUUUGCACCGAAGUUACCCUUUAGUUGCAUUAAAGUUAUCUUCAAUAUUAAGUUAAAAGGGUUACUUUAUUCAUACAAAAGGGUAACUUUUUUCAUUUAAAAGGGUCAGUUUAUGCAUUUAAAAGGGUCUUUUUUAGCAUAUAUUUAGAUUUCCUACUUAUUUUAUUAUUUUUAUUUGUAACAUUUUUUUUUCAUUGUUCAUAUGUUUGUAGGUUGUUCAUGAAACGUGUCUUUUGUUUAUAAGAAAUAUGGAUGUUUUAUUAUUUGUUUAGUCAACUGGUUUUCAAACCUUGAAUGAUCUGAUUACUUCUCGCAGAAGUGUUUCAUUAUCUUCUGAUGAUUUUGUUUCAGUUUCUCAAACUGAACUGCUACUCUCUGAUCCUCAUUAUUUGAAGAUUUUAGAUGGUUUAAUUGAUGAGUGUAAUAAAAUGAAGUCUGUACAUGAUAUGUUUCGCAGUUUUUAUGAACCUACAGAAGGUAACAAAGAUUUUGUUCCUGAAAAAGAACCUGCACAAGGUUUCAAUGAAAAUAUUCCUAAGGAUGAUGACAAUGGUCAUGGAAAAAUAGUUAAUGAAGGCCUUAAUGGUUCUGGACCUUCUGCUAUCA